AUGCAAACACCCAACAAGCGCCGCCUGUACACGGAACAAGAAGACAUCAUGCUGUUUCGGCAGGUGAACGCGGAGAGACCGUUCGAAACAAAGAAGGGCGAAGUCAUGAAGGUUUGGGGACUUGUUGCCAGAGCGUUGGCGGACCAUGAGGACUUCGCAAGGCCCCAAUUCGACCCCAAGAAGGCCUAA